AUGAAUUAAAGCUGUUCAUAUAAGUAUUGUAUCACUACUAUAAUAAAUGAUACAAUAUACAAUUGUACUUAUUGUUAGAAUAUGAAAUAUUGUUCACAAAAAUGUAGAGACACAGAUUGGUAUAUUGAAAUAUCAAAAUAGGAAUUUAUCACAUAAGAACAAUUGUCGUUCAAUAAAACUAAACAGUUUAACCGAACUGAAUGAUUCUGCAUCAACUUUAAAAUCUAUUCGUAGAUCACCUGAAGACUUUGAAAUAAUUAUUAAGGAUAAUAAAAUGGAAUUAGGUAAAGGUAGUUAUGGUUGUGUAAAAUUGGUCAAGGAUAAAUAAAAUGGUUAGAUGUAUGCAAUGAAAGUGGUAAAACUUAUUAUUUAACAUAGAUGAAUAAAAAAUAAAUAUUUGAGUAUUGUUCUGUUGAAAAUCUAAAAAGAGAAAUUAAAAUAUAAAGAAGAUUGUAGCAUCCACAUAUAACCAAACUAUUUCAUUAUUUUGAAGACAAAGAAAAUGUAUUUCUUAUAUUAGAAUUAGCAGGUAUAAUAAACUAUAUAUUUAAGAGAAUGGUAGUCUAUUUAGCUAUAUAAGGAAAAGAAAAAGACUCCCAGAAAAUGAGGCUUUUGUCUACUUCUUUUAAACAUGCUUGGGAAUUGAUUAUUUACAUAAAAAAAACAUAAUACAUAGAGAUCUAAAACCAGAAAAUUUGUUAUUAGAUAAAUAAGGGAAUGUUAAAGUAUGUGAUUUUGGUUGGUCAGCAGAAACUACUUAAAAUGGAGUAAGAAGAACAUUUUGUGGUACUUUAGAUUACAUGGCUCCAGAAAUGUUGAAAAAUUAACCAUAUAGUUUCACUUUAGAUAUUUGGUGUUUGGGGAUAUUAUUAUUUGAAUUGAUUCAUGGUUUUGCACCUUUCAAAGGUAGAAAUGAAAAUGAAAAAUGCCAUAAUAUUGUUAAGAUGACUCCAAUAGAAUAUGAUCUCUAAAUUUCACCUGAAGCUAAAACUUUAAUCUAGGGGAUACUCAAACAUAAUCCUAAUGAAAGACUAUCAAUGAAUUAGAUAUUCGAUCAUCUUUGGAUGAAGAAAUUCUAUAAAAGUUAUGGCAUAGAUCUUAGAUCUUAUAUGUAUAAAGAAGAUAAACACAAUGAUUCAUCAAAUCGAUCGAUUUCUCCUUAAAAUGAUGAUAUAAUCACAAGAUCAUUUGUUACAAACCCUUCAUAAAAUACUAAUUCAGAUUUAAAGCCUUUAUCGAAAUCUUCUAAUUAUGUAUCUCAAUAUAACAAUAACAAUGGAAAAUCUACUGCUUCUACAAAUUAUAAUUAAGAGGAAGAAUUUAAGGCCAGAGUUAGUAGACUUUCCUAAAGAUAAUAAAUGGCUUAAGGAUUAAGAGAAAUUUAAGGAUAAUAAAUAAGAUAAGAAGAAUUAGGAUUCAUGGAUAAAGUUUUUUCUGCAUUUGGAUGUUUAAGUAGAGAUAAAUAAUAAACUCAGUCUCAUAAUUAUUGA